AUGGCUGCGCCGUUGCGCAAUGCAACACGAUCUGCCGGUAGCCCGCCGACGCUCCGGACCUUGACCAGUCUGAGCACGUCUCCCUCCCUCGCAACGCCAUCGAUUCAACCUCCCGCACAUCUCACACCCGUCAACUUACCGCCCGCGCCGCCAUCUCUGAUCUCGAACCCGGGGUGCCUCUCGCAAACACCUCCUGUAUCCCAGCAGCCGCUGCCACAAACACACUUUGGCAGGACGACACCAAGGUUGUUGAGGGACGGCAAGGGCGAAGAUCCCCAAGAUCCGAACAAGACAAAGCUUGGCAGAACCUUAAGAGUACUCCAAGAACGAUUGCCGACGUUGCUACAAUCUCCACUGCCUCAGGAAAUCCUAGCCCCAAACAUCAAUCUCCAGCUCUUCCCGACAACACACCCCCAUCUCCCCACCGUCUCUGGAAAAGUUGCCUACAACGCAGCCCUUUGGACAUCGCCAAUUGCCUGGAACCGCGUCCCCAUAAUCGGCAACGUCAAGCUCGAAAUCCUCGCAGAACGCAUGACAUCCGAGCCGCUAACAUUUCUCCCCCGCCGCGCCGGCGCCAUGCCAGAACAGCUCGUGGUUCGCUGGUGUGAGAAGCGACGGUCCAACGGAGAGACGCCGGAACCCGGCGGUGUCGCGAGGUCCCUGUGGCGCGGGCGCGGAGUCGACCCCAACAAGGCGUUUACGGGACUAUUCAUAUUUGACUUUGAUGCCGAGGGCAGGGUAUUGACGCAUACGAUUGAACAGGCGCAGGAAGGUGGGAACUGGGAAAGGGGGAUGGGCGCCAAGUUUGUAGGAUUGACAGACUGGCUUCUGGGCGGCAUGAGAAAUGGUAAUGACAACCCGAUACCCAUGUUUGAGAGUCUGAAGAAGACGACCACAUAA